CUGGUUCAAUGCUCCACCCAACCACUUCUCCGAAUAUACUUCAGCUAAUAAUGUACAACUAUCUUGAGUCUGAUUUCUGCCUGGGGACUCUACAAGAUACGUACUAAUUGGCGUGUACUAUUCAUGUGGAUGACAUAUUCCUGGAAUACUCAUGUUCGAAGUGGAUUGAGAUCACCCUUUUCAUUCAAAUGGAUGCCUGGCAUAAACACCUACUGGUGCCUGAUCCAGCCUACCUUCUCAUAGCCCAUAGAAUCAAAGUAAUACAACCCACCGCAACAGCUUCCAACUACUCCAGUCACCCCAUCAUUCACAAUGACACAUGAGAACGAGAGCGUGCGACUAACACCAUCAAUAAUCCCCGAUCUUCCCAAUUAUGAUGUUAAAGAAUCAUCAUUCUUCAAAAGAUGGGAACAAUUACCUACUCCGGAAGAAGUGCAAGCACAAGCCAAAGCCCAGCAUCUCGCUGGAAUAAAUAUCUGUGAUCGACUCCGUCAGCUCGAACAGGACCCGGAGGAUACAUUCGUCGGCAACAUCGCACAAAAACCCAUCUACGACAGAAACUUCAGCAUCAAUCACCUACAUGAAGCAGGCCCAUUCCCCACCGUCCGCCAAUUCCACGACUGGUUCAGAUUCCUUCCCCGACGACGACGACGGAUGUCGGAUCCAUACUCUGUGCCCAUAGAACCAUAUCGCUAUGGUCUUCCAGACCACUGUGCCAUCAAAUUCACGCAUGGCGAUCUCCAUCGCAGUAACAUCCUCAUCACAUCCUCUCCUCCAUACCGUGUAAUGGCAAUCAUCGACUGGGAGCAAUCCGGCUGGCUACCUGCAUACUGGGAAGUGCGCAAAGCGCAAAUGUCAGCUUGGAAUGGUGAUGAAUGGGCAUCGGACUAUCUUCCCACGAUUCUGGAUGGAUUUGAAUAUACCGUGGAUUCAUGGUGGUGGUAUAUAGCCGCUUUGGGACCUUGACUAUUCUGUUUCACUUGUGAUGCAUAUACAUUAGUAUAUCCAGGUAAGUUAAAACCAAUAAAUAGAUAGACUAGUUAGCUAUAUUUAUCACCAAUAAGCGAC